AUGAGUCGCUUUAAUCCCACGGUUCCCGUCGAAGAGUAUCUCGAGGAUAGUAAUGUGAUGUUCUACCUAUGUGAUGCUGUGACCCAGCUUUUGGAGCAUAAAGAAGAAUACACACACUUUGGAGUUGUCCGUUACUUUGCUGAAUAUUUUAACAGUGUGAGGAACAGCAACCACAUACUCUUCAGAGAGUACAGUUACAUAAAGGCUACACCCCACAACAGAACAUCUUUCAUUAGAGUUUUCUGGAGGUGUUACAGACAGAUUGGAAAGAGCGGAGAACUCCUGUCUAUGCAGGAGUACAGGUCACUGCUUCAGCUUUUAUGUCCCGACUUUCCCAUGGAGGUGGUUCAGUGUGCAGCUCGGAUUGUCCUGAUGGAUGAUGCUAUAGACUGCUUGAUGUCCUUUUCUGACUUCCUCUAUGCCUUCCAAUUACAACUGUUCUAUCAAGAGUUUUUGGACAGCACAUUAGAAAUUUAUCAGGAUUUGCUUGCAGGAAAGAGUCCUAACACUGUUAUUGUACCCACCUCCACAUCCGUUGAGCAGCUUCCUCCAGUGGCAGCAGAAGAGAAAGAGGAGCAGCAGCAAGAUGGAGUAGAGACAUCAACUCUAGCACAAUGUAUUGAAGCCCUCUGUGACCGCUUCAAACACAAUUAUCCCCCAAGGUCAUGUAUGAGAGACAUCCUGGAGCAAAAUGACAAAGUAUCAUAUUACAGCUUUCUUAUGAGCUUGGCAAAGCAUGAAUCUGUAAACCAAAUGAUUGGAGCACUACCAAGCAAAGCUGAUCUACUCAUUGACCCAGAAAUGGACCAAGAGUUGGACAAACUAAUUGCACAGAUCUCAGUGAGCCCAGGCAGUAACAGCAGCGGCAGUGCAGUGGGGCCCCUGAAGGAUGUCCAGAGGAAAGCUUCUCCACGGAGGAACAUUCACCAUAAGAGAAAGAUCGAGGUGGAGAGUGAUGGCUCCACAGAAGAGACGGACUCUUCUGAAAACUGA